CUAACUCAGCAUCCCUGCUUCCUAAGAGGCAGACCACACAUGAUCUUAUCCGUACACUGUGGCAUCUCUAGGUAACUGAAUUACAGUACUGUAGCUCAAUCCCCUGCAAAACAAACGAGCAUUCACUACUCCAAGCAAGCUAGUUGGGAGGUGGAUUGCAUUUCUGUGCAUAUAUGUUUGGACGACAGAACUGCAUGGUUUUUUUGCAAUCAAGACUCAAUGUUCAUGCCUUUUUGGCAUGGGUAAAUUAUGAGGAAGGCAAGCCGAAGACACAGAGCCCUGCUUGCUGUGUGCCUGAACUUAGUAGCCCUGUUGUUUUCCACCACAGCAUUCAUUACAACCUACUGGUGUGAGGGAACGCAGAGGGUGCCCAAGCCGAACUGUGGCAAAGGGAAAAAGACAAACUGUAUCAAUUACACUGGAAACGAGACAUCCAAUGGAACAAAUCCUAAUGUCAUUCAUUACAGCUGGGAGACAGGAGACGACAGGUUUCUUUUCAGAUACUUUCACACAGGUAUAUGGUAUUCCUGUGAAGAAAAUAUCAAUGGAGAAGGUGAAAAAUGCAGAAGUUUUAUUGAACUUGCACCUGCAUCUGAAAAAGGUGUUCUCUGGCUCUCUGUGGUUUCAGAAGUACUGUUCAUUGUGCUCUUGGUGGUGGGAUUUAGCCUCAUGUGCCUAGAAUUCUUUCAGUCAAAUAAUGUUGUGGAUGGGCUGAAGCUCAAUGCAUUUGCUGCAGUGUUCACUGUUCUGUCAGGUCUUCUGGGAAUGGUGGCUCACAUGAUGUAUACCCAAGUGCUCCAAGUAACUGUAAGUUUGGGGCCAGAAGACUGGAGACCACAUUCCUGGGAUUAUGGAUGGUCUUUCUGCCUUGCCUGGUGCGCCUUCACCUGCUGCAUGGCAGCCUCUGUUAUUACUUUGAACUCCUAUACCAAGACAGUUAUUGAGUUUGGAAACAAGCACAAGAUUUUUGAACAAGUUUUACAUGAAGAACAAAUGUUCAUAGAUCAAAAUGCACUUAAGAACAACAAAGAGCAUCCGAUCAAGAAGGAGCCACCGAUCCACAGUGUUUCUAGAUCACUGGAAUUAGCUGAAGACAAUGGCAGACAUGUGAGAAAGUCAAUAUUGACAUCAGCUGCAAUAGACCUUGGAGAAAUUCCAGAGGCGCUUGGAGAAGAAUAGUGCUGAAUAUAUGUAUCAUUACAUGGCAUGAUGUCAUUUCCAGUUAUAAACACACGUUUAUUGUGCAUGGA